UACCUGCAUUAUUACUUAUGAUUACUUCACUUUUUUGCUGAUUUAUAUAGUUAGAAAGCAUUCGACCAAUCACAGCUAUUCUAUGUCUUUAUUACAAGUGGUUGUGAUCAAUACACAUUUGAAAUUUUAUGCAAUAUAGUAAGGCUAAUAAUAAUUGUCUGGAACUACAGAUUAUAUAAACCAAGUAUUGUUUUCAUACUAAUAAAAUGGUUAGUAAGUUUAUAAACUUAUCAGUUCUACUGAUUUAUGUUUACAUCUUUUCAAAUAUUAUAACAACUUUUUUCGCAUUUAAUUCAGCGUGAAUGUAUUAGUUUACAUAUUGGUCAAUCAGGUGUACAAAUUGGAAAUGCAUGUUGGGAACUAUAUUGUUUAGAACAUGGAAUUCAACCGAAUGGUUGUAUGCUAAAAGAUCAUGUGGAUGGGAGUGCUGAUGAUUCAUUCAAUACAUUUUUUUAUGAAACUGGAUCUGGAAAACUUAUUCCACGUGCAGUUAUGGUAGAUUUAGAGCCUACUGUAUUAGAUGAAAUAAGAACUGGUAUGUAUAAGCAAUUAUUUCACCCUCAUCAACUGAUAUCUGGAAGAGAAGAUGCAGCUAAUAAUUAUGCACGUGGUCAUUAUACUAUCGGUAAAGAUAUUAUUGACUAUACACUUGAUCGGAUAAGAAAGAUUGCCGAUCACUGUAAUGGAUUACAAGGAUUUUUAAUAUUUCAUUCUUAUGGUGGUGGUACUGGUUCAGGGUAUACAGCACUUUUAAUGGAAAGAUUAACUGUUGACUAUGGGAAGAAAACUAAGCUUGAAUUCUCAAUAUAUCCUUCACCACAAAUAUCUACAGCUGUCGUUGAACCAUACAACUCCGUAUUGAACACACAUACUACUCUAGAGCUAACUGACUGUGCAUUUAUGGUAGACAAUGAAGCCUUAUACGAUGUCUAUCGAAAACAUUUUUCCAACCUAAUCCUACUUCUAAAUGGUGGAUGGUGACUAGCAGUAGAAUCCAGGAUGCACAUUUCGUCCUAUUUGGGACUCGUCACUGGAUGCACCUGCGUUUCUCA